AUGGCGAUCAAGAAAAGAAAUAAAAUUAGGUUACCAAGUGGUUCUCCUGAGGAGGUUGGAAUUGAUGGUUCUGCGCAUAAGCCAAUGCAGCAAAUUAAGCCCCUAGUGUCGAACGAUUCUGAAGAUGAUGACAACGACAUUUGUGUAUUACAACCAAUAAAGUUUAAAAAAGUUCCUAAGCGCGACAUUACCUUUGAUGGCGAACAAGCAAUAAAGGAGGAUAAUUCGCAUUAUGAAGAUCUUUACCAUUCAAAGAAAAAUACCAAUGCAUCGACGCGAAACAAAGAUGAUUUGCUAAUUCUCAAUAUGGAGGACUUGAUGGAGGGGAAUCAUCAUCUAUUAAGUGAUUCUUCAGAGGCUGGCAGUAGCUCCGAAGGUGAGCACAUUAGUAGUAUACCAACCCGAGGAGAAAUUGCAAAACUGAAAGCACAGAAGUCAUUAUCUAGAAGGAAAAUUAGUGAGAGUGAUGUUACAACAGAAAGAGAUUAUGUAAAAUUGUUGGACAGUGAGGAUAAACGCGAAAUUAUGGAGACAAUAAGAUUAAAUGGUGGUCUGAAACGUAACAAUGAAAAGGAGAUUACGAACUUCAGUGACGAUGAAAUGCAAGGCUUUCAAGACGAAAUGCUAGCCCUCACGGAUAAUCAAAUUGCUAUUCAAAAGGAUUCUAAAAGAAAGAUUAUAGAGAAGGCCAUAAAUGAAGUGCCCUACAGAACUAAUGAAGAAUGGGAAACCCAGCUUUUAAGCAAAGGAAAUAUAAACAAAUCGAAUGAGAAAAUCAUCACGCCCUUACCGGUACUUUUCCCAGACGAUGAUGAAAGUGGGAACAGCAUUGAGAGAAUAAACGAGAUGGUUUCGAAGAUCUGCUUGCAAAGGAAGAAGGUUGAGAUGAGGUUGCAAGCGUUAGAAAAAACAAAAAUUGACUUGGAAAAAUCUAAAGCAAGCCUAAUAAAUAAGCUCAUUGGUAACUGA